AAAUAAAAUGGAGGAGAUCGAGCUAAUUGACCAUAGUGGAGUCAUUCCUGACUCACAAGAAAUGCCAUUCAGCUUUGAGAAACGAGAGAAAUUCACUGAUCAAGGCAAGGAUGAGAUUGGAUAUGUAGAAGCUACUAAAGAUUAUGUGUUAUAUGCUCUUCCUUCAGUUGUUGGCAUGCUGCUUAGAAGAAGUCCAGAUAUCAUUAAUUACUUAAUCAUUGGGCAAAUGGACGAUCCUGCUUAUGCUUCAGGGCUGGGAUUAGCAAUAAUGACGUUCAACAUUGUAAUCGCUUCAUUAGGGGUUGGACUUUCAGGAGGAGUUGAGACGUUGUGAUCUCAGGCCUUUGGGAUGGGAAAUAACUACCAAGCCGGGAAAAUUUAUCCAAGGGCGCAAGUCGUCAUGACUUGAUUUUUCAUCCCUCAGGCGAUCAUUCUUUGCUUUGCUACUCCUAUUCUCAUAGCUACAGGUCAGCCCCAGAGAUCAUCAGAGCUUGCAGGAGAGUUUAUCAUAAUUUGCCUUCCUGGGCUUUGGUGCUGGUGACAAACAGAACUGUUGAGGAGAUUUUUGGGAGCUCAAAGAGUCUUCCAUAUCAUCAUGAAUUGACAGAUUAUCAACUGAGGGCUUCACAUUGUCUGGGCAUUCACCUUCGUGUUUUGGCUAGAUCUUGGAUAUCACGGGAUUAUCUACGCUACUCUGAUUACUUUUGUGAUGAAUUUUGUGCUACCUUAUCUGUAUGUGACUCUUAAUAAAUCAAGCGUGAGAGAAGGAAGCUGGCAGUUCAUCAGUAGAGACUCCUUCAGAGAUCUCGGAGAAUAUCUCAGUUACGGUAUUCCAUCAAUGCUCAUGUUUGCAUUUGAAGGCUGGGCUUUUGAGUUUUUGACCUUUAUGGUUGGUAUUUUUGGAGAAAACGAGCUUGCUGUAUUUGUUGUGUGAUAUAACCUUGUUAUGUAUGCUUAUAUGGUUACAGUAGGUUUCCAGCUGUCAAUAAAUACAUUAAUUGGGAAUAGUCUUGGAGCCUCAAAACCCAAGACAGCAAGAGUGUAUGCUAGAGUAGCUUUAAUUUCAGUUUUAUUUUUGUUCAUCAUCCUUGCAGGCUCUUUCUACUCAUUCAGAUACAAAUUAGCUUCUGUUUUUGUAAGUGAGGAUUUGUAUGAUUUAUUUGCAUACACACUGGCAAUGAUGGUGCCUCUUGCAUUUGGAGAUUAUCUACAGAGUAUCGGACAAGGAGAAAUUAAGGCAAUGGGAUACCAAAAAUGGGGCACUAUUAUCUGCUUGAUAGGAUACUGGGGUAUAUGUAUUCCUUUGACUUAUAUAUUUUCAUUUAUCCUUAACUUCCAAGUCACUGGUGUGUUGCUUGGAAUGCCUAUAGGACUCUUGUUUGUAGGAGUGUCUUUCCAAAUAAUCAUCUACCGUACGAAUUUUGAAGAAUUGUCAAAGGAUAUAGUGGCAAGAUUGAGGAUGUCUUCUUCAAAUUUGCUGGAAGCUCAAAACGGGUCUCAAUAA